AUGGCAGUGCUUUCUGCCACGUGGAUUGUGCUAUUGGGGAUAUUGAAUGUGUGUACUGGAAUGAGCAUCCCGGAAGACAUGGAAAUUUUGAACGGUUACGAGUUUGGUUCUUCUAACACAGAACUAGCAAGUGAAGAUGACGGAUUUUCCGAAAGGCGUAGUCUACUGGAGCCGUUUUACCAUCGGGCGAUAAGAGAUAAAAGAGAGGCACACUACAGAGUACUUGAAUCACCUGGGUUUUAUAGCCAUUUUAGAUCAGAAGAUGCUAAUAUUAUGGAUAAUACCCUGAAAAAGCGUAUCAGACGCGAUUUACCAGCUAAUAAAAACUCUGUUUCAAUCAUGCAACAAGGCCAAACAAACACUGGAACAGAAAUAGCCUUAGCGGAAAAGCAGAUUAUGAAUAAUCGUGAACACAUAAUACCAGAACAAUGGGUAAAACCUGAUAAGUUAUCUGGAUUUCCGGGGAAAAUAAUCAACCGACAAGCCGACUCCGAUGCUGAUGCAUCCUCGAUAAUCAAUAAAGGAUUAAACUCGCGUGCCCCAAGGGUUAAUUUUAUCACACAGCAAACAAAAAGUCCUGAGCUCUCCACAGAGACACAAAGCGAUGGAAGUGGUAAGGUCAUUCGCGAGUUGCAUCGAAGGCCAAUGCAAACAACUUAUUAUUUGAGUCCUGCAAAGCGAGACUACGACUCAUACAUGGCUCCAUCACAAUCACCAAUGUUUCCUCGAGUCUACGAUAAGUACGACGCCUUUCACCGAGACAUGAUGGAUAGGUUGCAUCCGCCUUCGCCACAUAGGUAUGAUCAGUACUACCAGCGACGGUACGACGUGGACUACGAUUCUUACUACCCACGAUACAAGUUCCCUUACUUUUACUACUAUCCAGACAAACGCUUUGAUAUUCCACUUUACUAUCGCAAUCGUAACUACAUUUACACGAACGAUGUCACUGAUUUGGGAUCUCCCGUAAGCCCCAACUACGAAGCAUCCUUGAAGCCGCUUUCAAUCCUCUCUGCUGGACCUGUGCUACGUAAUCGACGUAUCAUUUAUUACGCUACCUUACCGGAAAUUGUACGCACGCCUGUCAACUUACCUGUUGAUUAUCGAGUUAAUAAGUACAAUCGUAAUCGAUUCGAAUCUUUACAUAGUACCCAAGUGCCUCCAUUGCCAAAUGCCCAUAAUGAGCUACGGGUGAAUGCACAUGGUCGUAAGGAAGAUAAAUACGUUAGCUCAAAUCCAAUCAAAAUCGUACGGCAAGUUGGCUUUUCGCACCAUAGAAGUAAAGAGAAUCCGACUGCACAAGAACAAUCAUCCUUGUACGAAAAGAGUUUUACUGACCAACAAAGGAAAUGGAGUAGCUUUGGAGGAUGAAAUGUGAUGCACACAGAUCGUCCUGGCCCGCGCGAAGUUUGUUCACUAGUCGAGUCAAAGGGAUCUUAUCUUUGUGUGCGUCAGUGAAAAUAAUAUUUUCCAAUAUUCGUUUUGUCCUUAUGAUAGAAAAACAGGAGAUAUGCUGGAUUAAUAGCUUUGCUUACUGUAAAAUUU